AUGAACCACGCCACUGACUUUGAGGGGCAGUUCGAGUUCAGACCAUUAGAGCCCGGCUAUGGCUUAACCGUAGGAAAUGCUCUUCGCAGAGUAUUGCUUUCUUCACUGGAAGGUUUUGCCUUCACGUCAGUAAAAAUUGACGGUGUAGAGCAUGAAUUUUCUACCAUUAAAGGCGUGGUGGAAGACGUAACUGAAAUUGUUUUGAACUUGAAGCAAGUGCGUUUCAAGCGACAGAUCGAUGAUCAGGAGGAAGAGAAAAUUAACGUGAGCAUUAGCGGACAGGAUAAAAUCACCGCUGGCGACUUGGGUAAAUUCGCUUCUGCCUUCCAGGUGCUAAACCCUGAUUUGGUGAUCUGUAAUCUGGAUUCUUCACUGAAGCUGGAUAUGGAACUUACCAUUGAGAAGGGCCGUGGUUACGUUCCUGCGGAAGAAAACCGCAAGAGCAAUGCUCCGCUUGGUACCAUUGCUAUUGAUGCCAUUUACACACCAAUUAAGAAUGUAAAGUAUAGCAUUGAAAAUUAUCGGGUAGAGCAAAAAACAGAUUACGAAAAAUUGAUUUUGGACAUCGUUACUGAUGGUUCAAUUCAUCCGAAGAAAGCGCUUACCGAAGCUGCUAAGAUUUUGAUCCACCACUUUAUGCUGGUAAGUGAUGAAAAGAUUAGCAUGGAAGAAAGCAAAAACUCUGAAGUAGAUAACUACGAUGAGGAGAUUUUGCACAUGCGCCAGCUGCUCAAAACGAAACUGGUAGAUAUGGAUUUAUCGGUUCGAUACACCCGGAUUAUUCGCACCGGAAAUCGCUUGGGCGAUAACGCUGAGAUGUGCAUGAUCGAACUGGUUGAUUUCAAUGAAAUCUACACCAAUGAGAAGGACAUGGAAGCCCUGCGCAGCAAGUUAAAAGAAGUGCCUUCAAUGGAGGGCCUGGAACUGAGCAGCAAGGUGGCCACCAAAGAGGCCUAUUAUUUUGGCGAUGAAAAUGCCACCUAUAAGAUUUCGGUGUUAGACCUUGGGGUAAAACGCAAUAUUUUGCGCCAUUUCGCAAAUCGCGAUUGUUAUAUGAAGGUAUUCCCCAUGAAUAGCAGCGUGGCUGAAAUGCUGGCGUGGAAUCCGGAUGGCUUGUUUAUUGCCAACGGACCUGGAGACCCUGCGGCCAUGAAUGAUACCAUUGAAAAGGUAAAAGAAAUGUGCCAGGGCGAUACGCCCGUUUUCGGGAUAUGCCUGGGGCAUCAAUUAAUUGCUUUGGCCAACGGGCUGCAAACUUUCAAGAUGCAUCAGGGCCACCGCGGCAUUAACCAUCCGGUAUUAAACGUACUUACCGGCAAAGGUGCGUCUACCGGUGUACACGAAGCGGUGGAACUUCGCGAUGGCGGGGAUGCAUACAUGGGCAAAGGCGUUUUGAAGGCCAUUGACAAUGUAAAUGAAAUUAUUGCGCCCGAGCUGGUGGGAAUGGAUGCCACCGAGCAAGCGGCUAUUGACAAUUUAUUGCUACACCUCGAUGGUACUGAAAACAAAAGCAAAUUGGGAGCGAACGCCAUGCUGGCGGUAUCACUGGCGGUGGCGAAAGCCGGAGCAGAAGCGACCGGGCAAAUGCUUUACAACUACAUUGGCGGGGUAAAUGCGCGCACCUUGCCUGUGCCAAUGAUGAAUAUCCUAAACGGUGGCGAACAUGCCGAUAAUGCCAUCGACUUUCAAGAGUUUAUGGUUAUGCCAUUUGGCGCCAGCACCUUUUCAGAAGGCUUGCGCUGGGGCACUGAAAUAUUUCAUCACCUGAAGAAGGUUUUGAAGGAGAAAGGCUAUAGCACCAAUGUAGGCGAUGAAGGUGGAUUUGCCCCCAAUAUUCAAAGCAAUGAAGAAGCCAUUGAAACGGUUUUAACCGCUAUUGACCGCGCAGGCUACAAAGCCGGUGAGCAGGUUUGGAUAGCAAUGGAUGCGGCUGCCAGCGAAUUUUAUGAUGAAAAGGAAAAGGUGUAUCACUUCAAGAGCAACGGCCAAAAGCUAAGCUCCUCAGAAAUGGUGGCAUACUGGAACAACUGGGUAAGCAAAUACCCCAUUAUUUCAAUUGAAGAUGGUCUGCAUGAAGACGAUUGGCAAGGUUGGCAAAUGCUUACCGAAGCCAUCGGCAACGAUGUUCAAUUGGUAGGCAUUCGCUUCCGCGGAUAUAGUAUUCCUGAGCUGCAGGAAAAACUACCAACGUAUCCGGGCGGAGAAGAGCCCCUGCCCGAGGGCAUUUUCUACCUCAUGCUCUUCAAUGAGCUUCCCGAUGAUGACACGGUACGCAGAGUAAGCAACAAUUGGGUGCGAAGAGCCGCUAUUCCUCCGCACGUAUUCAAGGUAAUUGAUUCUCUUCCAUUGCAUACGCAUCCCAUGACCCAAUUUGUGACGGGAAUCAUGGCCUUGCGCACCGAAAGCGAAUUUCAAAAGGCGUACAGAAAGGGCAUCAACAAAAAAGAUUACUGGGAGCCUACCUAUGAAGACGCCAUGAAUCUGAUUGCCCGCCUCCCGCGCCUGGCUGCAUAUAUUUACCGCAGAAUGUAUCACAACGGUGAUCACAUUGAGCCGGAUAGCCGCUUAGACUGGGCCGGGAACUUUGCGCACAUGCUCGGUUUUGAAAACGAUGAGUUCAAGGAAAUGCUGCGCUUGUACAUGACCAUUCACUCCGAUCAUGAGGGCGGCAAUGUUUCUGGACACACCAUUCAUUUGGUUGGCUCCGCCCUGAGUGAUUCGUAUCAGGCCUUUGCGGCCGGAAUGAAUGGCCUGGCUGGACCGUUGCACGGCUUGGCAAACCAGGAAGUUAUUCGCUGGACCAUGUCGAUGCGUGACGAAUUAGGCGGGGGCUUGCCUUCUAAGGAACAAAUCGCCAAUUACGUGAAAAACACCUUGAAUGACGGUCAGGUAAUUCCGGGAUUUGGGCAUGCUGUAUUGCGCAAAACUGAUCCGCGCUACACCGCGCAGCGCGAAUUUGCACAAAAACACAUGCCGCAUGAUGAGCUGUUCCAGCUAAUCAGCCGCAUUUAUGAGGUUGUGCCUCCAAUAUUGCAAGACCUGGGUAAAAUCAAAAAUCCAUGGCCAAACGUAGAUGCGCACAGCGGUCAGCUUUUGAUGCACUACGGGCUCACACAAUACGACUUUUAUACCGUUCUCUUUGGUGUAAGUAGGUCGCUGGGUACACUUUCCAGCUUGGUUUGGGACCGCGCCUUAGGCUUCCCAAUUGAGCGCCCCGGCAGCACUACUACUCAAUUGCUCAAGGAGCAGUUUGCCAAGAAAUAA